GAGGAGAAGUGAGUGCCAUAACCGGAGAAUAAAAAUGAUGCUGAGCCCGGAUCAGGCUGAGGCGGACCUCUCCUGGACUCAGUCCGACCCGGAGACGAUGCUCAACGGCCUCAAGUCGGCUGGCUGCGCUUCGGACGAGCCGGCGGAGGGCGAGGAAAGGGCCAAAUGCAAAGGUGACCAGCCCCUGAGCAGGGAGGAGAAGAGGAGGAGGCGGAGGGCCACGGCCAAGUACCGCUCGGCCCACGCCACCAGAGAAAGGAUCCGGGUGGAGGCUUUCAACGUGGCCUUCGCGGAGCUGAGGAAAUUACUCCCCACCCUGCCCCCGGACAAGAAACUCUCCAAGAUUGAGAUCCUCAGACUGGCUAUUUGCUAUAUCUCCUAUCUCAACCACGUGUUGGAUGUCUAAAAGUGAGCCCCCCAUGAGACAGAGAUGGUUGGACUCUGCUGGGCGUCAGCGGGUAUGGCAAGGUUGGCAGUUAGGGUCUACUGAUGACGGGGACUUUUAAAGCAGAUAUCCGCUGUUUUUAGCUCCCAAUGACUGAUAUUUUGUGCAAACAUUACCUACCUGUAAAUUUGUCGAUUUUUGGGUGAAACAAAUUAAAAAAGUCCUGAAAUUCUGGAAGUGCACCCACUACAACUUGCAAAAUCCAGACAUCUGAAUUCAGAUUAUUUAAAAUAAUUAAGGUUAGAAGAAUUCUGUUU